CCGAUAGUGUCAUCACUAUUUCGUAUCCAUCUUGACAAAUUUUUUGCAAUAAAUACACCAAAAAAGUUAACAAAUAUCAGCAUUACGGAUAACAAAUCACCACAAAAAUAUCUGGAAAACAACGAGCAUGGGCAGCAACGACAGAGCAUCGAGAUCGCCGCGUUCAGAUGAUCAGCGAGAGAUCAGCGAUAUGCCGGUCACGAAAAGAUCGCGCUCCGACUCGGGCAAGUCCACGGAUUCGAAAAUUCCCUACCUUUCGCAGCCGUUGUACGAUCUCAAGCAGACGGGCGAUGUCAAGUUCGGUCCGGGCACCCGUUCGGCGCUUCUUGGCCUGCUUGGAGGCGCCCUGCCCAAGCUCUCGUCGGAGCAGCACGACCUGGUCAGCAAGGCUAAGAAAUACGCCAUGGAGCAGAGCAUCAAGAUGGUGCUCAUGAAGCAAACGCUGGCACACCAGCAGCAGCAGUUGGCCACUCAACGCACUCAGGUUCAGAGGCAGCAGGCUUUGGCCCUCAUGUGCAGAGUCUACGUGGGCAGCAUUUCAUUUGAACUCAAGGAAGAUACCAUUCGCGUGGCCUUUACGCCGUUUGGCCCCAUCAAAUCGAUCAACAUGUCCUGGGAUCCCAUCACGCAGAAGCACAAGGGAUUCGCCUUCGUGGAGUACGAGAUACCCGAGGGCGCCCAGUUGGCGUUGGAGCAGAUGAACGGAGCCCUGAUGGGCGGCAGGAACAUCAAGGUUGGCCGACCCAGCAACAUGCCACAGGCCCAGCAGGUGAUCGAUGAGGUGCAGGAGGAGGCCAAGAGCUUUAACCGCAUCUACGUGGCUUCCAUUCAUCCCGAUUUGUCUGAGGAGGACAUUAAGAGCGUCUUCGAGGCCUUCGGACCGAUACUUUACUGCAAGCUAGCCCAGGGCACCUCACUGCACACGCACAAGGGAUACGGCUUCAUCGAGUAUGCCAACAAACAGGCCAUGGACGAGGCCAUUGCCAGCAUGAAUCUCUUUGAUCUGGGUGGACAGUUACUGAGAGUGGGUCGCUCUAUUACCCCGCCGAAUGCCCUCGCCUGUCCCACAACGAACUCCACAAUGCCCACGGCCGCGGCAGUGGCAGCAGCGGCGGCGACGGCCAAGAUCCAGGCUUUGGAUGCCGUGGCCAGCAAUGCAGUGUUGGGCUUGUCCCAGAACACGCCCGUCAUGGCAGCCGGAGCGGUGGUAACCAAGGUGGGCGCCAUGCCGGUUGUUUCGGCAGCCACAUCAGCGGCUGCCCUGCAUCCUGCUCUGGCUCAAGCGGCGCCUGCCCUUCUCCCGCCCGGAAUAUUCCAGGCACCCACUCCAGUGGCUCCCAGUUUGCUGGGCGUUCCAGCCGGCUUGCAGCCCCUUCAGACGGUGGUGCCUACUCUUCCGCCACCAGCUCUUCUGGCCACGCCCACUAUGCCCAUGACUGUCGGAGGCGUUGGUGUGGGAAUCGUGCCCACAGUGGCCGCUUUGACGGGCGUGGAGGCCAGCAAUGGAGCCGCGGCUGCUGCCGCACUCUCGUCAGCUGCGAAUAAUGCCGCUGUCACGGCAGCAAGCCUUUCAGAGAACAUCAAGAAGGCGCACGAGAAGCAGCAGGAGGAGCUGCAAAAGAAACUGAUGGACGAGGGCGAUGUGCAGACGCUGCAGCAGCAGGAAAACAUGUCCAUCAAAGGCCAGAGCGCCCGGCAGCUGGUGAUGCAGCGGUUAAUGCGGCCAGUGGAGUCACGGGUAAUCAUCCUGCGAAACAUGGUUGGUCCCGAGGAUGUGGACGAGACCCUGCAGGAGGAAAUCCAGGAAGAGUGCAGUAAAUUCGGCACCGUUAGUCGGGUAAUCAUCUUUAACGAGAAGCAAACAGAAAACGAGGACGACGAUGAGGCGGAGAUCAUUGUAAAGAUCUUUGUAGAGUUCUCGGCAGGAGUGGAGGCGAUGCGAGGAAAGGAAGCACUCGACGGAAGAUUCUUUGGCGGCCGGAAAGUUGUGGCCGAGCUUUACGAUCAGGGCAUCUUCGAUCAGGGAGAUCUGUCCGGCUAGAAGGGAGAACUGGGUCCAAAAAUGCGAUACCUUUGUCUCCCGACCUUUGUUCUGUCAUUUUUUUACGUAGCACUUAAAAUGCAAAACGAUAAAAGUUUAUUUAUUACGCCAGUCCGCAAACGAUUGACCAUAUUGUUUAGCGGCGCGGCAGCUAGAUUGCGAUUAUGAUUAUGAUUGAGAUGAUUCUGCAACGCAGUGAUUUAGGUUUAAAGAAAAAGAUCCUUGUAGCGAGGAGAGAGCGAUUCUCUGUGUUUUUGUAUUAUGGCUUGCCCUCGGAGCACAGAAAACCACAAAAAUGAAAACCCAAACAAACACACAACGCAAACUAACAACAUGUACAUUUACAUUUGACUAAUUUCAGCGCUUAACUUACAAAAUAAAUAUUAGUUUCCCAAUUAAAA